CCGCCCGCCCGGCGCAGCGCGGGCCGCGACCCGCCAUGACGGAGCAGCGGCUGCAGCGGGUGCGAGAGCGGCUGCGGCUCUUCCCCGACUUCCCGGUGCCCGGCGUGCUGUUCCGCGAUAUCAGCCCCUUGCUGAAGGAUCCCGCAGCUUUCAAGGCUUUGAUUGAUCUUCUGGAAGAUCAUUUGCGGGCAGCUUUCCCCAAAAUCGACUUUAUUGCAGGCCUGGACUCCCGUGGCUUCCUCAUAGGCCCCUCCCUGGCUCAGAGACUGGGCAUUGGCUUCAUCCCAAUUCGGAAGAAGGGGAAGCUCCCCGGCCCAACCGAGUCAGUGUCCUACGCCCUGGAGUAUGGCAAGGCUGAACUCGAAAUCCAGAGUGAUGCUGUGGAAGCAGGACAAAAAGUAGUCAUUGUGGAUGACUUGCUUGCAACUGGAGGUACCAUGUGUGCAGCCUGUGAGCUGCUGAAAAGGCUGAAGGCUGAAGUCCUGGAGUGCCUGGUGAUCAUAGAGUUAAAGCUGCUGAAAGGGGCAGAAAAGCUUGGGGCCGUCCCUUUCUACUCUCUGCUGCAGUAUGACUGAGGAGGAGCAGGGCAAGGGGAUGCAGCCCUGAGCUGGGAACCAGUCUAGGGCUUUAUUUAGUGACUCUUGAUGUCACAGGGGGGUGGGCAGGGAGGAAACCUAUCAUUUUAAUGCUGGCCAGAUGCUACACAAUCAUCAAUCAUGUUUAUUUCCCAUGGCACAGAUUGAGGUGUGUUGAUUCUAAGGGUCCUUUUUGGGAAGAAGGAAGAGUCUGAUUGUUUUGGGACGUGGAGACCAAGAUGCAGCUUCACUGAAUUAUGCUUUUGUUAGGAGACCAAAGUGAAAACCCUGCUGCAGAGGCAGGAGAGCUCCCAUAGCUUGGGGGGGGCAACAUUCCCUCUUGGUUGAGCCAAGCCUCGUCAGCAGCUCGGGAACCUGGCAAAAGCUUUGCCAGAGUAACACCAAAACAAGUGUCUGUCCAAGGGAUAAAUCCCUCCAUGUUUGACCUCAGGGGAGAGGGUCUGGCUGGUGCUCACACCACAGUAGGUUGCUUUUGCACUAAUAUGGUGCUUGUUAAGGAGAGUUAAAGGCCUGCCCAGCUCAUGGUCCUUAAAUCAGGAAGCAGCCUCAGAAGCUGCUGGCAGAGCUGAGCUCCAAACAGCAUGGCAGCUUGGCUCGUGGUCUCCUUCCCUUGAGACUGCAGGAAGCUGAAGGUCUGUGCUGUAGGAAGCAGUCUGCCUUCCCUCACUGCUGGCUGGCUCUUGGUGGUGGAUUUUGCAAAACUAGGAGCAAUCAUGAGUAGCACACAGCUGGGUGACAGGCAGUGAGGAAGGGGACCCAGGGUUCUCACCUGCCCUCUGUCCUGUGGCACUGCCACCUACCCCAGCACUCCAGCCAGGGCUGGCAGCUUGGGUUUAGCACAACUCCUGCUCUCCUGCAGCAUCAGCUGCUGCUGCCUCCUCCUGCUGUGUUCUGGCUGUCGAAAGGUCCAUGUGUUUGGUGUCAGAUAGGCCACAGGAAAGAAAGAGGAAGUGUGCUUGCAGCUGAGUUGCAGUGGGCUCCCUGGGGUCGGGAGAUGGAUGAUGGGCUGGGAGAUGCUCCCUGGGACUUGGUUCACUUUGGUCCCUGGAGUAGCUGAAACCAGGGUGCCAAAACUUCCACACACCUGAAAACAGUAGGGACCAUGUCCCUGUCCUAGCAGGGGCUGAACUCACUGGUGAAAUAAAUGUUGGCUUGUUUUUAUGUUUUCUAA